GCUGGCUAAGUUGGCUGCCUCGUCGAGAUGUUGGACACAAAGUGGCUGCUGCUGUUGCUGUGGCACCUCUGGAGCCUCUGGAGCACUAGCGCCUUUGAUUACUGCGAUCCUGCCCUGUGUCCCGGACCGGAGAGGCACAUUGCCUGCAACAAUUUUGGCGAAUUGGCGGAAAGUUGCAGUCCGGAUGCCCAUGUGGUUCGCAUUUCGCCCAAUCGUCGCAACAUGAUUCUUAACGAGCUGAACGAGUACCGCGAUCGGAUUGCCAGGGGCGAUCUGUUGGGCUUCAGUCCGGCCACGCGCAUGGCCACGCUUCAGUGGGACCCGGAGCUGGCCAGCUUUGCCGAGCUGAAUGUGAAGCGGUGUGCCCUGGUCAACGAUCAUUGCCGCAACAGCGAGCAGUUCCGCAACGUGGCCCAGGUUGUGGCCGAGGGCGGCUGGCAGGGUGCACCCGAACGGCCAGUUCCUGGCAGCACCACCGAUCACACAGUCGAAUACCACACGGAGGACGAGGUGAUCAAGGCCACGCUGGAGCAGAUGUUUGCCGAGUACAAGGAGUGCACCAUGCGCGACAUCAUCGCCUACAGUCCUCCCAUCAGCAGAACUCUUUACUUGCGCAUCAGCAAGUGCAUUGCCUACUUCACACAGCUCGUGAGGGACAGCACCACGCAUGUUGGCUGCGGCAUACUGCGUGAGUCCCGCAACACCAGCAACGAGGCGGGCCAGUGGCUGCUCAGUGUCCACCAGUACAUGACGUGCAACUUUGUGCGGGCCAGCGAUGUGAAUGCCCCUGUCUACCAGAGCGGCGACAGAUCGGCCACCGAAUGCCGCAGCGGACGCAAUCCGAUGUUCAUCAAUCUCUGCUCCAUCAAUGAAAUCUACGACACCUCUUCAAUCAUGCAGGGCCUUGGCAUCUAUUAAGUUAUCAAUUACAAAUACUUACAAACCAUUAUCCAA